AUGGCUGAGGCCGGACAGGGCCCCUUUUUCGCGCAGCAGCAGCAACGCCUCUUGUUGCAUCACAACUUUGCAACCGCUAGGGAGCUAUUCAAUGAAAUGCAACUAGACAAUGUAUUGGAACAACUUCUCAAGGAUGAUAAUGCCGCAUUGGAAGAGCUGAAUCUUGCCCUUGAGGAUGCAAGGAAUGCAUACAACGAUGCUAGGAUGGGAUUUGUAAUCCCUGCAGACCACAAGUGUAUCGUUGUUCAUGGAGCGCAGGACAUUAGACUGUUUGAAGCCCUUUUCAUCGAUGUUGGCCUCAGUCCCCAGUUGGAGUGCGAGUUAAUUUUUUGCCCUUCCAACAUGGAUGACAGUGGAUGA